GUGAGACUUAAUAAUAUCAUGCCUAGAAGUGAUAAAAAAAAUCGUACAUGCACUUGUUGUGGAUAUACUUUUACAAGACCAGAAAAACUUCGCAAGCAUUAUAAAAGCAAAAAAAAUCAAUGCAAUAUACCAAUUACCCGAACCCAAGUAUCCAAACAGAUACUACCUCUUACUUCUAAAUCUGGUUCAAACUUAGCAACCCAAAUCUCUUCCUCACAGAACGAAGUUCAAGAGGGGGUCAAAGACCAAGUGGUUGUUCAAGAUCCGGAAGCUGGCCUAGGCCCAGCAACCCAAAUCUAUAGAGAGGAGCAAACUAUUAUUCAAGAG